GCCCGUCGUUUUAAACUCAACGUUGGAAGAAACUGCAUAGAGACACAAGGGAAGCCUCAUAGCAGCUAAACUUGGUUUAUCUGGGGGUUUUUAAUCGCUGCGACAAAGAUACACAUAGACAGAUGGACAACAGAAACAACUCAGAUGAAAAGCCCGUUCAGCGCUCCAAGUCAUUCAGUUUUAAGACGCAGAAUGAAACCUGUGCAUCCUGUGAGAAGACUGUGUAUCCAAUGGAGAGACUGGUAGCCAACAACCUUAUUUUCCAUGCAUCAUGCUUCUGCUGCAAGCACUGCAACACCAAACUCAGCCUGGGCACCUAUGCAGCGCUUCAGGGCGAGUUCUACUGCAAGCCUCACUUCCAGCAGCUCUUCAAGAGCAAAGGGAACUACGACGAGGGCUUCGGCCGCAAGCAGCACAAGGAGCUGUGGGCUUCCAAAGACGCGGAGAGCAUCACCAAAACGGCCUAACGUCCCCCUGUCGUCAGCGCUGUCCGUCUAUAGCCCAUACUCAUGACCCUUUGUACAACCUGCCUGCCCUGCUAGACACACACACAUUCAAAUUUUCAUUACUCACUCUUUCAUGCACAAACCACAAACAUGACAGGGCAGGCACCUCCCUCUAGAUUUUUAAAAAUAUUUCAGCUAUUUUUUUGUCACUUUGAUUUUAUUUAG